ACCACUAGGUGAAGCUUGAAAAUUUUAAUUUAGUUUCUAUCGCGUAGUCCAAUUAGUCAAUAUUGGACUACGUAGCAUUCUAUUGGCAGUUUGAAAAGAGAAUUAUCUAUAGGUGAAACCUUAAAAAUUUUGGUUCCAGUAGCCUUGUUCAACAACUUUGUUUAACUGCUACAUGCUAGCCUUAGAUGAUUUAGCAAAAUUUUCAGUUCUAUAUUUUUAUGAUUCCCCUAAAGUUUGAUUUAUAUGUUUAAUGGCAAUCAAUAUGAUCUUAUAUUCGAGUUAAUGUCUUUUACAGUCCGAUGUUUGUCAUGCUUACCAAGUGCUGAAGAAAGGAGGUUUAAAGGAUGAAAAUAUCAUCGUGUUCAUGUACGACGAUAUUGCUUAUGACAUAGAGAAUCCAAGACAAGGGAUAGUCAUCAAUAGCCCUUAUGGACAUGAUGUUUAUGCAGGAGUUCCAAAGGAUUAUACAGGGGAAGACGUGACUGUGAACAACUUUUUAGCAGCUAUACUUGGUAACAAAACAGCCAUUACUGGUGGUAGUGGAAAGGUGGUUGAUAGUGGACCUAAUGAUCACAUCUUCAUCUUUUACACGGACCAUGGUGGUCCUGGGGUGCUCGGUAAGGACAUUUGAGAAGCAUUGCGGAUCACUAUCUCAGUAUGGAAUGAAGCACAUGCGUUCCAUUGCAAACAUCUGCAAUGCCGGGAUCACAGCUGAUCAGAUGGCUGAGGCUUCAGCACAGGCUUGUCCAAACUUUCCUUCUGGUCCUUGGAGCUCUGUGCACAGGGGAUUUAGUGCCUGAUGAUAUGAUGCUGUGUAGUACUUGGUAAAUAUUUUUGUAAAAUUGGUGCUUAAUUCUAUGUUACGCGAUUUAUGCUUUCUUCUAAGGCCCUGCAGCUAAUCCUUGUAAAUAUAGCUCCCUAUAAGUAAGAUGCAUAUUAAAUAGCCCAUGUAACAAAUUUUAUGAUGCAUAUAUUUAACUAAUACAAGAGUAUUGUAGUAAA